AUUGGUCGUGUAGGUAAAACAGUCGACCGUAGAUCCAAGGAUCGUGGGUUCGAAUCUCCGUGCCUUAUUUUUCGUUUAGACUCCUACAGUUGCUUAUUUCGAGACAAUACUGUAUUCUUUCAUUCCAAUCUUUCGCAAAUACCACCAACUUGUCCUACUUUGCCACCACUUUAUUUGUAGUUUUAUAUUCAUUUUUAAUAAUAACCAACGUAACUAUAGCAAAGAGAAAUACUCGUGAAUUAUUAAUCGUCUACUUUGAAAACCGUGUACGUUACGCGAAACUCCAUUAAAAAGUCAAGCUCGCACCUGGCGAUUGCUACAUUGUAAAUUAAAAAUGUACAAACACGCGACACUGGAAGUAGCGGGAGCACCAAUCAGGCUGACGAUUAUUCAAAAACUACGAUUGUUCCGUGCAUACUCGCCUGCUGCUUCGAUGACGUUGCACUAUUCCUACCAUUCUAUCUAAAAGUUGACCAUCGUUCGAGAUCUCCAUGAAAGGAUUACUGUUACUUGCGACGAUGCAGGUAAUCCUGCGACCUACGCAAUCCGCUAACGGUGCGAUAUGGGACAAAAGGACUCAGGAUUUCGUGCCGAUAUUCGGCAUUCCAGACUUUGCGGCGAUAAAACAGGAGAUUCUCGACGAGAGUCGAGCAAAGGAGACGCACAACUUUCAGGGAAGAGUCGUCAAGUUCUCCUAUUUCGAGAUCACCAACCUCGUCAACAGGAAUGGCAAUCGGAUCACAGGAGCGAUUGGGGAAGUCUGGAACACCCUUUCGGAAUACUUGAAUUUCACGUUAAAACCGAUUCUUGUGACCCAAAAGAGUCUAGGUUUCCCAGAUUUCACUGGCACGUAUAGAAGUGGUUUGUUAAAUAUAAUCCGAAAAAAUGAAACGGACGUGAUACCUAGACUGGAAGCCAUCCCAAUGCGACUUGUGGCUGUCCAAUUCUCAAUUCCGCUGUGGAGAGGCAGUUUUCGUCUGUACGCUCGACGCGACAUUCAACACAACCCUACAUGGAUGGUGAAAAUAUUCUCGCGGAAAGUCUGGUACGCUAUUUUAUCCACGUACUUUCUGCUGUGCCUUUGCAGCUACCUGGCGCAAAUGAUGGAAUCGAAGAUAACGCGCAGAAAGCUCAAAACGAGCCUGGUCGACGUAUUCUUCUACAAUUUUGGCACGAUUUGCGAUCAAAAUUAUCUUCCGAGCAGUUUGAGCAAGAGCUUGAGAAUCGUGGAAUUCUGUCUGGGCUUGUUUUCAUGUUUACUAAGAAUAGCUUUUGGCGCACUUUUGAUAGUCUACUUGACUCAAACCAACAACACCCCGCCUUUCCACGAUUUGAAGUCUUUACUGGACGACUCGUCGUACAAUAUUCUUUGUUUAAAAGGUUCUAUGAACAGCGCAGCAUUUAAGUUGUUUAACGAUCCCACGUAUAAAAAGUUACAAAGAAAGAACCGAGUGAAAUAUUUCGACACCGAGGAGGAGAUGUACAAAAUGGCGUGCGCGCAGGGAACUCAAAACGCGAUAUUUCAGAGCGUGGAUAUAAAAAUGGCUGCUGGAUCGUACAUCUGCCAUUUAAAUCCCACGGGGUAUCCCCUGCACGACGGGUACUCGGUUUCUGGGAUUUCAAGGAGCUUUAGCUACAAAAAAUCCAUCGAUAUAGGGAUACUCAGAUUAUACGAAGUCGGUAUAAUGGCACUGUUGAAGCGUCGUUGGAUAGAACCGAAUAACGUUAACGAAUUCGUGGCGAACGAAACGGAACCAAUUAUUAUGGAGCAAGUGUAUUUAAUCCUCCUAAUAUUCGCCUUUGGAAUGCUGAUCUCGUUUAACACCCUCAUACUUGAGAUUCUGAUAUUUUAUUAUAGUAAUUAACCCCGUUUGAACCUCUCCCAACCGAUUUUCGUUUUCCGAAAAUUUAUCAUCACACUCACGAGUAAUUUGUGUAAUAUA